UGGGGAAGUCCUUGUGAUGCCUGAACCCAGCAUCCAGCUGCACCCAGGCCAGGUUGCAUUUGACCAGCGGCUCCUCUGAAACAGCUACCCUGGCCCCUGGGGACUGUGACCCCGGCCAGGGUACUAAAAGGGAUCGAUCGGCCCUGGCCUUGGGGCUCUGAUUGGUCCUGGCCUAGCAGGGCAAACAGCAAGGUCACCUACAGCCGCAGGCCCCUUCCCCAGCCCCAGUCCGUAGCUGCCUCGAGCAGGGAGCUGGUGCCUCUUCCAUCCCCAGACCAGCCAAGCCUGUGAGUGACACCCCAGACAGAGGAACUGGAGCCAUGCGGAGUCUCAGCGGCCUGCUGCUGUUACUGACUGCCUGCCUGGUGGUGAAUGCCAACCCCUUGCCCACAUUGCCUGAUGACAUUCAAGUGCAGGAGAACUUCGACCUGUCUAGGAUCUACGGGAAGUGGUUCAAUGUGGCCGUGGGCUCCACCUGCCCAUGGCUGAAGAGGUUCAAGGACAAGAUGACCAUGAGCACAGUGGUGUUGAAAGCGGGGCCGACGAGCAAGGAGAUCAGUGUCACCAACACUCACAGGCGGAAAGGUGUCUGUGAAUCGAUCUCUGGUAUUUAUGAGAAAACAAGCACUGAUGGCAAGUUUCUGUUUCACAAAGCCAAAUGGAAUAUCACCAUGGAGUCCUAUGUGGUCCACACCAACUACGACGAGUAUGCCAUUUUUCUGACCAAGAAACUGAGCCGUCGCCAUGGACCCACCGUUACUGCCAAGCUCUAUGGGCGUGAGCCGCAGCUUCGGGAAAGCCUGCUGGAGGAAUUCAGGGAGGUGGCCCUGGGUGUGGGCAUCCCCGAAGACGCCAUCUUCACAAUGCCCGACAGAGGUGAAUGUGUCCCUGGAGAGCAGGAUCCAGUGCCCACUCCACUCUCGAGGGCUCGGCGGGCUGUGCUGACCCAGGAAGAGGAAGGCUCUGGGGCUGGACAACCAGUAACUAAUUUCAGCAAGAAAGAAGAGCUGCUGGGCAGACAAGACAAAAGCGGGAUGCUUGGUCUCUGGGCCAUUGAUUCCUGCCAGCUGGGCUACUCACAGGGUCCUUGCCUGGGGAUGUUCAAGAGGUAUUUCUAUAAUGGUACAUCCAUGGCCUGUGAGACCUUCUACUACGGCGGCUGCAUGGGGAAUGGCAACAACUUCCCCUCGGAGAAGGAGUGUCUGCAGACCUGCCGGACCGUGGAGGCCUGUAACCUCCCCAUAGUGCGUGGGCCAUGCCGAGCCGGCAUCGAGCUCUGGGCAUUUGAUGCUGUCAAGGGGAAGUGUGUCCGCUUCAUCUAUGGGGGCUGCAACGGCAAUGGCAACCAGUUUUACUCGGAGAAGGAGUGUAAGGAGUACUGUGGCAUUCCUGGUGAAGCGGACGAGGAGUUGCUGCGCUUCUCCAACUGACCGGCCCGCAGGCCAGAAGUCCACCAGGCAGCAGGAAGAGGGAGGGUCAGAGUCUGCCCCAGAGCCCUACCGCAGGUUCCAAUAAAAACCGAAUUGUAGACUCCUGAAAUUCCAUGUCCUGACUGUUCAUCACGAAGUAUAAUGAGAUUGGGGGGAAGGGAGACCAGCUGGGGAGGGGGCAUGAACUUUCCCCAGAAAUGAAAAAUGUGUGUGUGGGAAAUGUAAUAGAGCCAUCUUCAGGACAUGAAAUUGGCUAUGCAAAUUACGAAACAUAAAUCACAGUUCUGUAUAAAAUGGGAUUAUUUUGUUUUGUUUUAAUAAAGCCAGGAGAGAAAAGA